GCCACACAUGCAUCGAGUUUUCAUCAUAGCCCAGAAACACUGAGCUUGGGGAAUUUGCCACUUUUAUGUUACUUUGUGGUGUUAAUUUUGGAGUAAACAAAUCGGAAAAAUGAGUGAAUUGGAACAGUUGAGGCAGGAAGCUGAACAACUGCGGAAUCAGAUCCAGGAUGCGAGGAAAGCAUGUAACGAUGCAACGCUUGUUCAGAUCACAUCAAAUAUGGAUUCCGUGGGCCGGAUACAAAUGCGAACAAGACGUACACUGAGGGGCCACCUAGCUAAAAUCUAUGCUAUGCACUGGGGAUAUGAUUCAAGGCUACUAGUCAGUGCUUCCCAAGAUGGAAAAUUAAUUAUUUGGGAUAGCUAUACAACAAAUAAGAUGCAUGCUAUUCCUUUGAGGUCCUCCUGGGUGAUGACCUGUGCUUAUGCUCCCUCUGGUAAUUAUGUUGCUUGUGGAGGACUGGACAACAUCUGCUCUAUAUAUAACUUAAAAACCAGAGAGGGGAAUGUGAGAGUGAGCCGAGAGUUACCAGGUCACAUAGGCUACUUGUCCUGCUGUCGUUUUUUAGAUGACAGACAAAUUGUUACAAGUUCAGGAGAUACAAAUUGUGCUUUAUGGGACAUUGAAACGGCCCAGCAGACCACCACAUUCACUGGGCAUUCUGGAGAUGUGAUGAGUCUUUCUCUGAGUCCUGACAUGAGGACUUUUGUUUCUGGUGCUUGUGAUGCAUCUUCCAAGUUAUGGGAUAUUCGAGAUGGAAUGUGUAGACAAUCUUUCGCUGGACAUGUGUCAGAUAUUAAUGCUGUCAGUUUUUUUCCAAGUGGAUAUGCCUUUGCCACUGGCUCUGAUGAUGCUACUUGCCGUCUCUUUGACCUUCGUGCAGACCAAGAGUUAUUAUUGUAUUCUCAUGACAAUAUCAUCUGUGGAAUUACUUCCGUAGCCUUCUCAAAAAGUGGGCGCCUCCUGUUAGCUGGUUAUGAUGAUUUUAAUUGUAACGUAUGGGACACACUAAAAGGAGAUCGUGCAGGUGUUCUUGCUGGUCAUGAUAACCGUGUCAGCUGUUUGGGCGUAACUGAUGAUGGCAUGGCUGUGGCAACAGGCUCUUGGGACAGUUUUCUUAGAAUCUGGAAUUAACAGUGCAUACACAUUUUCUGUCCUCCGUUGAUAUCUGGAGAAAUCAGUGCUACAGCCUAUAGCUGUGAAAAAAAUUCUACCUUAUAUUUGCAGGUGAAGAUUUUUCUAUUGAGAUUAUUAUAUACAAAAAGAAGCUUUCAGUAAACUACAAAAUAGAAAAAAAGAUGAAAAAAAACAAGGCAAAGGUGCUUGCUGAGAUCAAAAGGACCGGUGUUAUUAGAGGAGUCGAACUAAUUUAACCUUGAUGAAUUUUUGCUUUUACUAAGUCCCAUUCUUUCUUUGUGUAGAACAAAAUGUACACAUUAUAGCAACCUAAUACUUUUGUUUGCAUUUUUUUAAGAACUACAUUUUAACUUUGUAUACAUAAGAAAUGUCACAUUUUUGUUUUGUAGUGGAGGAACUAGGCACAGUAGUAGAUGGAAGUAAUACCAAAUGUGUGUGUCUAUGUUUGAAGAAAGUCUUCUUGAAUUCUGACGUCCCUUUUUAAUGUUAAAGAGAUCCUGGUUGCUUGAUGUUUAAGAAAGCUGACAGCUGGGUACCUCUGUGGGGAGUCCUUUUGAAUAUCAUUCGUUUCUAGUGCAUCCUUUGCCAUCAUGUCAAUUUAAAUAAGUGCUCAAUUUCAGUCCUUUGAGGGGGAGAUCAUUGGAAGGCCAAGGGAUAGAGAUUUCACUCUGAAAUUUGAGACAUAUGUAAGAAACUCAGUAAGUAGACGACAGUAAUUGCAUAUAAAUGGUUCUUGGCAUUUAAAAAAACAUACUAUGAUCAAAUGACACUUCGAGUAGCCCUCUAAAUAGUUGGACUUUCCUACUGAUUACAUAUUUUAGAACUGAGUUUGUAGAGUAUACGUGUUAUUUCAGAACAUAUGGAUUGUCUUUACAUCUGAAGAUUUUUCCCCCAGUGUUCUCCCUCAUUAUGCAUCUAGAUAGGAAAUAUGACAUUAUGUUUUUGAAAGAAGUGUAAAUAAAAUCUAACCAGUCACGAGACCUGAUUAAUUAUAGUUGUAACAAGGUGGCUUUAUGAAUUUAUGUUCACAUAUUAUGAAAUCUGAAUUAAUGUAAACUGUGCCUUCAAAUUUUAAAAAGGAAACAUUCAAGCUUUUUGCUCUUCUGUAAUAUUUCUUCCCUUAGCACAAAAUAUUGGUUUCUAAGUAGCAUGGCUUUGCUUCAAAGACUGGCUAGAUGCAUGUGACUAUUUUAAAGCCAAAAGAAAAUCCCAAGAGGUUUUUAAAGGAGUCAAAGGAAAAUACUAAGCAAUUCAUUCCUCUGCUUGUCAAUGGUUUAAUGUGUCUGUUACUAGAAAGGGCCCUCCUGAAUUUAAACAAAGAUACUUUUCCCUUUGGAUUUUCUUACAAAUAAAUCUAAAUGACUGACAGUGGAA